GAGGGGAGAGUAAGUGUGGAGAGGAUGCAGGAGAGAGUGGGUACAAUCCAGCAGCUAAAGGAAGCCCUGAGAGAGGAGGAGAAACAGGAGAGCAGUGAGAAAUCUGACCACCUGGAACAGGACUGGUACCAGGCGGAGUACAACAGAGCACAGGAGCGGAGGAGGAAGAUCAAAGAGGAUCAUGGGAGAGUGAUACAGGAGGAGGUGGAAAAGAUGGAAAGAGAGCUGGGGCAGGAAAAGACUGAGGGCCCCGAGAGGGAGCUAUUGGUCCUGGGCAGAGAGAGACAGGUCCUGAUUCUACAGAUGGAGGCCCUGCACACUGAGGCCUCGGAGGCCGAGAGAGACCUGGAGACACAGUACCACAGACACCAGCAUGAGCUUCACUCUCUUAGGGAGGAGAGUCUGCAGGUGUUCCGGGUUUUCCGCCAGGUAAGUGAGGAGCAGAGGAGGGUGUCAGAGGGCAGGUACAGGACUCUCCUGCUGGAGGCCAUACAGGAUGCAGUCUACCUGUCCUCUCAGAACCAACAGCUACAGGCAGACAACAAACAGCUCCGCAAAGCAUUGGCAGAGCUAAAGGACAUUCUGUGUGUGCAGGGUGACCUCAAGGGACAAAGAGUAUCCCAGUAACAGUGAGGGGAUGGGGAAAUGUUUCUCAUGGAUUUAUGGCAUUUUAUUUCUGAUAGAAAAUACCAAAGAAAUAAAAGAGAAACAACCAUUGAAA